UGGCUUCCCGUCUUGAUGACAGAUUGGGUGUUACAUCACAAGGUGGGACCAUUUGAUAUGACAACACGCUAUAUAUUCCUGCUGUUACCUCUGCCCUUCCUCUCCCACUUUGAGAGUAAGCAAGCUGUGUGGGCCUCGAGUCGCUCUGCCAUGAAGACUGCCAAGCAGUUUGUACAGGUGGCUCUGGCCCUCUGCUGCUUUGCAGAUAUUACCUUUGGAAUUGAGGUUGAUUGCAGUCUGUAUGCCAGCGGCAUUGGCAAGGAUGGGACGAGCUGGGUAGCCUGCCCGAGGAACCUGAAGCCUGUCUGUGGCACAGAUGGCUCCACAUACAGCAACGAGUGUGGGAUCUGCCUCUACAACAGGCAACACAGUGCAAACGUGGAGAAGGAAUAUGACGGAGAGUGCAGGCCAAGGCACAUUACGGUUGAUUGCACUCAGUACCACCGAGUUGUAAGAGAUGGCAACGUCAUGGUAGCCUGCCCAAGGAUUCUGAAACCAGUCUGUGGCUCAGAUAGCUUCACUUAUGACAAUGAAUGUGGGAUUUGCGCCUAUAAUGCAGAACAUCGCACCAACGUUUCCAAACUGCAUGAUGGAGAAUGCAAGCUGGAGAUUGGCUCAGUUGACUGCAGUAAGUACCCAUCCGCAGUCUCUGAGGAUGGCAGAACAUUGGUAGCCUGUCCAAGGAUCCUGAGCCCGGUUUGCGGCACAGAUGGUUUCACCUAUGACAAUGAAUGCGGGAUCUGCGCCCACAAUGCAGAGCAGAGGACCCAUGUCAGCAAGAAGCACAAUGGAAAAUGCAGGCAGGAGAUUCCUGAUAUUGACUGUGAUCAAUACCCAACAAGAAGAAUCGGUGGUGACAAACUCCUGGUGCGCUGCCCAAGGAUUUUGCUCCCAGUCUGUGGCACAGAUGGAUUUACUUAUGACAAUGAGUGUGGCAUUUGUGCCCAUAAUGUACAACAUGGGACUGAGGUUAAGAAAAGCCAUGAUGGAAGAUGCAAGGAGCGUAGCACCCCGCUUGACUGCACCCAGUACCUGGGCAAUAGUAAGAAUGGUGAAGCCAUUGCCGCCUGCCCCUUCAUCCUGCAGGAGAUCUGUGGCACUGACGGUGUCACCUACAGCAACGACUGUGCUCUGUGUGCCCACAACAUUGAAUUAGGAACCAGCGUUGCCAAAAAGCAUGAUGGGAGGUGCAGAGAGGAAGUUCCUGAGGUAAACAUCAACCCUGGCAGCAGGAACGGUGCAGUCAGGGAAAGAAAGAGAAGAAGACAGCUUGACUGCAGCAAGUACAGAACCUCCACACUGCAGGAUGGCAGGGAGCUGAUGGCCUGCACCAUGAUCUACGAUCCAGUCUGUGCUACCAAUGGCGUCACCUAUGCCAGCGAAUGCACGCUGUGCGCUCACAACCUGGAGCAGCGGACCAAUCUUGGCAAGAGAAAGAAUGGAAGAUGUGAAGAGGAUAUAACGAAGGCGAGUGGAAAAGGAUGGGAACAAAGAGCUGGAUCUGAUGACUGUUAGAAUCACAGGGGACUGUCCUCUGUUCCACUUCAAAAACGGGGGGAGCAAUGUGCAGCCCUGGGGAGGUCCUUUGGGAACGUCACACUGGUUGUAGAAUAUCUGCCAUCCAUCCCAUGGGAAUGGACAUGGCAGUGCACAGGAAUAGCGUGAGGUCUCAUUCCUCACCAGGAGGAACUCAGUUGGUUAUUGCCGUGAUUUUCCAGUUUCACUCUUUGUGCUGGGGAAAUUCUGUUUGAUCCCAGGCAGAGACUCAUGUCUUCCUUGUGUGUGCAGGAACAUUGCAAUGGGAUCCAGCAAGUCUCUCCCAUCUGCACCAUGGAAUACAUACCCCACUGUGGCUCUGACGGCAACACAUACGGCAACAGGUGUACCUUCUGCAAUGCGUACCUGGAGAGCAAUAGGACUCUCAACCUCGUGAGUAUGAGCGCAUGUUAACUCUGCACUGGAGUCUGGCGUGAGAAACAACCUGCCUUGCACAUGAGUCUUCAUGUACCAAUAUUCCCCAACAGUUCUCCUUCAGCUUGUUUUGUGUUCUAAGCUCUCCAAACACCUUUUUGGUGAAUAAACUCACUUGGCAACAUU